CUUCCUGCCCCACCAGAGGAAGUGGGGAGCAGUACCAGGUGCAGCGACAAGCAGCAGAACCAUGGACAAGGAGUACGUGGGCUUUGCAGCCCUUCCCAACCAGUUACACCGCAAGUCUGUCAAGAAGGGAUUUGACUUCACACUCAUGGUGGCAGGGGAGUCAGGCCUCGGGAAAUCCACCCUCAUCAACAGCUUGUUCCUCACCAACCUCUAUGAGGAUCGGCAGGUGCCAGAUGCCAGUGCACGCACCACACAAACCCUGACCAUUGAGCGCCGAGGUGUGGAGAUCGAGGAAGGAGGUGUCAAGGUGAAGCUGACCUUGGUGGACACGCCUGGCUUUGGGGACUCUGUGGACUGCUCAGACUGCUGGCUGCCAGUGGUCCGAUUCAUUGAGGAGCAGUUUGAACAGUACCUCAGAGACGAGAGCGGUCUCAACAGGAAGAACAUCCAGGACUCCAGAGUGCACUGCUGUCUCUACUUCAUCUCACCCUUCGGCAGAGGGCUCCGGCCCCUGGAUGUGGCUUUCCUCCGGGCAGUGCAUGAAAAGGUCAAUAUUAUCCCCGUCAUUGGCAAAGCAGAUGCCCUGAUGCCUCGGGAAACUCAGGUCCUCAAGCAGAAGAUCCGGGACCAGUUGAAGGAGGAGGAGAUCAACAUCUACCAGUUCCCAGAAUGUGACUCUGAUGAGGAUGAAGAAUUCAAGAAGCAGAAUGAAGAGAUGAAGGGAAGCAUCCCUUUCGCCGUCGUUGGUUCCUGUGAAGUGGUGAGGGAUGGCGGAACCCGGCCAGUGAGGGGACGCCGCUACUCCUGGGGUACCGUGGAGGUGGAGAACCCACAUCACUGCGAUUUCCUAAACCUGAGGCGGAUGCUGGUACAGACUCAUCUUCAGGACUUGAAGGAAGUGACCCACGAUCUGCUCUACGAGGGCUAUCGGGCUCGCUGCCUGCAGAGUCUGGCUCGACCUGGGGCUCGGGACCGAGCCAGCCGCAGCAAGCUUUCCCGGCAGAGUGCCACAGAGAUCCCGCUGCCCAUGCUGCCUCUGGCUGACACUGAGAAGUUGAUUCGCGAGAAAGACGAAGAGCUGCGCCGCAUGCAAGAAAUGCUGGAGAAGAUGCAAGCUCAGAUGCAGCAGAGCCAGACUCAGGGCGAGCAGUCAGACUCACUCUGAGAUCCUCACCGCGGCCUGUCGGCUCACCGCCAAUCUCCGGUCCCAUCCCUGCUCUAAACUGCCCAGCGCCCAAUCCGGAGACCCAGAGGGUAGGCCCGCCCUCGUAUUUGAAACAGGUCCCUCCAAUCCGGAAGUUUGUAGCCCUGCCCACAUCUACCUUCUGUGCUGUUCAGAGGACCGCCCUCCGACUCCUGAUGGCUGGUUCCACUUAGGGUGUCCCUGUUCCUCUUAGCUCUCCAUGUAAUAGAAACUGCUUCCCCCACCCCACCCGAGCUGCCCGAGUCUUCUCAGCAGGAAUGGAGCUGCCCGCGGUGGCCUCCCGGCCACUAGUCUUUCCAUCCCUGCCUGCCUCGCUGGGCAGCGCUUCUGUCUCCUGCCUGAGUUCGCGCAUAAACAUGCUGAAGUCGCCACCAAUUAGA